AUGGGAAAUGCCUUGAGGUUACUCUAUGGGCAUUGUUGCAAACCAACAACAGCAGGGGACUCGGAUUCAUUGGGACCCCACGGCGUUUCAGCGGCUACAGUUGGUGUUUCAGCUCUUGCCCGUGAUUUGUUGCACUUUGAAGUCACCUCCCAGGUACCAGAAGGACUUAGUAAGCAUGUGGUCUCAUCCAAGAAGGCUCAAGCUAAUUGGUAUAGAAAGUUGUUGGAGGCAUGGAAAGAAGCAAAACCCCCACCAAAAACACCUGAAGAAGCUGCUAGGCUUGUUAUUCAGACCUUGAAGAGACACCAAAAGGCAGAUGUUGAGGGUUUGUUGGCGUUCUAUGGUCUCCCACUUCCUGAUACUCUUGUUCAAGUUUCUGCUGGGGUCCCGACGUCAUUGCCUGAAGGGGUCAAGUUUGAGAUGCAAACUCUACCAGUGGAUCCAAAAGCUGUAGCUGAUGGAGACACCAUAACAGUUUACGUUGGCACUACGGACCCCAGGGAGUCAUCUUCUGUUCCAGGGGAAGUUCAGAUGGCCGCUGUUCAAAGAUCAAAAGCUCGUGCAGAGAGGAACUAUGGGAAGGCAGAUGCACUUCAAAAAAAAAUUGUUGAAGCAGGAUAUCGGGUAAUAAAUGUUCAAAAUGAGGAGAUUCUUGCUCGAAAGUAUCGCAUUCGAUUAAGGGGCAUAGAUGCCCCUGAGGGUUCAAUGCCAUAUGGGAAAGAGGCGAAAGAGCAGCUAGCCAAUCUUGUUCAGGGCAAGUGUUUGAGGAUCUUCAUCUAUGGAGAAGAUCGCUACGGCCGCAGUGUAGGAGAUAUUUAUUGCAAUGGAAUAUUUGUACAGGAAGUAAUGCUCAAGAAGGGACUUGCUUGGCAUUAUACUGCAUAUGAUCAACGCUGGGAGCUAGAAACUUGGGAGAAGGAGGCUCGAGCAAAGCGAGUUGGGUUAUGGGCUUCAUCAAAUCCAGAGAAGCCAUGGGAAUGGAGAAAGGACAGACGUGAGGGCAGAUAG